UUUGCCCUCCUGAAAGAUUUCAUUUCCAAAGACCAAGAUUUUCGAACGAGCGAAGACUACUGUGAAGAUCGAUCGGAACGAGUUGCAGAGUACUGGAAACUAAACGCUCUCGGCAUUAAUGGCAGAAGGGCAGAGAACUCCACAGUCUAGCGGAGAUGGAGAGUGUGUGAAGCUCUUCGUCGGUCAGGUCCCCAAGCACAUGUCCGAAUCUCAGCUUCUCGCAAUGUUCCAAGAAGUUGCUCUGGUAGACGAGGUCAACAUCAUCAAGGACAAGACUACUCGAACUUCCCGAGGUUGUUGUUUUGUGAUCUGUCCGUCGAGGCAAGAAGCAGAUAAGGCAAUUAGUUCGUGUCAUAACAAGCGAACGCUUCCAGGGGCAUCAAGUCCAUUACAAGUGAAGUAUGCAGAUGGCGAGUUGGAAAGGCUAGAACACAAGCUUUUUGUUGGUAUGCUUCCAAAGAACAUCUCUGAUGCCGACGUUUCUGCUUUAUUUUCUAAAUAUGGAACCAUAAAAGAUUUACAGAUUCUGCGAGGCUCUCAGCAAACAAGCAAAGGAUGUGCUUUUCUGAAGUAUGAGACAAAAGAACAAGCUCUUGCAGCACUGGAAGACAUCAAUGGGAAGUAUAAGAUGGAGGGUUCUAGUGUCCCUUUAGUUGUCAAGUGGGCAGACACAGAAAAAGAAAGGCAAGCUCGGAGGGCUCAAAAAGCUCAGGCCCACUCUUCUAAUGUGGCAAACAUUGAUUCUACACAGCAACCUUCUUUAUUUGGGGCCUUGCCUAUGGGUUACAUUCCUCCAUAUAAUGGAUUUGGUUAUCAGGCACCGGGAACUUAUGGUCUUAUGCAGUACCCCAUGCCCCCAAUGCAGAAUCAACCUGGCUUCCACAAUAUGCUUCCACCUGUAAACCAAGGAAAUGCAGUGCGUGGAAUCACACCUGAUCUUGGCCCUGGUAUGGCUCCUAGAAGUUUUGCUACAAUGCCCUCAGCUAGUUAUAUAGGCUCUGCAUAUCCAGCAAUGCCAGGCCUUCAGUAUCCUAUGGCCUAUCCUGGUGGAAUGAUGAGUCAAAGGUCAUUGAGUACUUCUCAUGGUUCUAUGCCAUCUUCAAUUUCAAAUAGUAACUCAGCAACUUCUUCAAGCGUCAGUACAAAUUCUGGGGCUCAAGUUGAAGGUCCUCCUGGUGCUAAUUUAUUUAUUUAUCAUAUCCCUCAAGAAUUUGGUGAUCAAGAGCUUGCAAAUGCCUUUCAAGCUUUUGGUAGGGUCUUGAGUGCGAAGGUCUUUCUUGACAAAGCAACUGGUGUUAGCAAAUGCUUUGGAUUUGUCAGUUAUGACUCACCUGCAGCAGCUCAAUCUGCCAUUAAUACGAUGAAUGGAUGCCAGUUAGGUGGUAAGAAGUUGAAAGUGCAGCUUAAGAGGGACAACAAACAGAACAAGCUUUACUGACAUGGAAGGUAGUUACAGAUUGGGGCAGGAGUUACUUCCAUGUACGGUAUCGCACAACUUCGGUCUUGGGGAGUGAAUCAGCCAGUGGGGUGGAUUGGAGAUAAUUAAUGAUUACAUAUAGAAUCCAUCCUGUCAUGUCUUAAGGUGGGAACUGUUUGUUGCAUUGCAGAAUUAGAAACUCAGAAUCUUGUUGUCAUUGGUGGUUCUGUGCCACGAAAAAAAAAUUGUAAUUUAUGUACCAUGGAAGUUCAUUUAGACAUUAUUUAUUAAUUUGUUGAUUUUAUUGGAAGCACAUUCUUGAUGCUAGAAUUCUGGGGGCAGUAAAAUGUAUAUACAUUGAUCUUUUGCUGUCUUUUGAAGAAUCUAUUUUAUUUGCACA